AUGGUCUCUGCCAGCGAGGCGAUCAACCUACCUCAGGCUUCCGCACACCAAGACACCUCAUCCUCUUCACACUUAGGUGUUUUCCCCCCAUCUCCAGCUGUGCCGGCAUGCACGACGCUCCCAACAAACCCUGUUCCUGCCAACGACCCCAUGAUAGUUGAGGAGUUCACCCCCGAGGACCUGUCUGGGUCCGCAAAUGAUCUAGCAGCCCCUCACGACAGGCCAGGACACGUGACAGUUGACGAAGUAGACGACAUUGAAGUGGGAGGUAUUCCGAAGUUUCCCUGGACCGGUGAGUAUCCGGCUGAGGUGGCCACGGAGACUGGACAAGCACGCACCUUCUUUGAAGAACUACUGGAAACGCAGGAGAAGGCAGGGAAGGGAAUCUAUGCGCCAUUCGCCAAUGAGGAGGAGUGGGGUCUAGGAAGCUGGCUAGCUACGAGCGGGCUUAGUCAAGAGGAGAUUGAUAAGUUUCUUGCCCUUCCGAUUUGCACCGGCGCUUCGCGCGAAUGA